CACGUACUGAUAGUUUUUCCAAAAUUCUGAUUCCACAACAAAACACUUUGGCACCUUAUUUACAGCCUCUGGUUGGCACUAACACAGUCCAGAUUUUAACUUCGAGGUACUCCCUCCACGCACGCUUAGUUACGAUGACAACAUUGCAUAAGUAAGCUUUCCAGAAACAUAUACUGACUUACCAGGAAACAUGUGAGUGAUGAAAUUAAGUUACCUAAGGACAGGAAGAAUAACGACAGUGACUAAAUCCCCCAUCUAUCCCCUAAAUUGCUGCUAACCACUUGGAGCCACUGCUGCUGCUUUUCCGCGCUAACGAUGCAUUUCCUCGAAUUCCAUGAUGAAACUUUUGUAUGGGCGUAGAAAAAGGUUGUGCAGAAGAGGAUGUCUUCAUCUGCCCGGCUACAUUUACCAUUACGUGAUGUCUCACUGGCUGCAUGAUGGAGAAGUGCUGGUGGCUCAGGGCAGUGGUGAGGCGGUACCAAUGAGCCCCAGAACCCGGGGUUUACCACCUGGCAGUCCCUUACCAGGGCGGGGACGUAGCCCACUGUCACCCACCACCAGAGAGGCGGUGCCAGGAAGCCCACAGGCUGAGACCAUGGGCAAGGCCAAGGAGCUGUUUGUUCUGUGUGACAAGGAAGGGAAAGGGUUCAUCACAAAGCGGGACAUGCAGAGGCUACAAGGGGAGCUGCCGCUGUCACCUGAACAGCUGGAGACCGUGUUUGAGAGUUUGGAUAGACAGAGCAACGGCUUCCUCACUCCUAUUGAGUUCAACACAGGGCUCGGAGGGUUGAUGGGGCUGGAGGACACAACAGAGCCUGAUCAAGGAGAAGAACUAGACACAGACCAGGUGGACUGGUCUCAGGACCCUGCUGCAAUUAGAUUUGUAAACAUACUGAUGGAGCUUGGCGCUGACAGACUCCUCAGAAAUCAGCAGGACCUUUGCAUUCUGUGGUGUGACCUCCAGAGAGACAGACCAGAGCUGCUGAGUGUCCUUGAAAACGUGCUGAUCCACACUGUGUCCCACUUACAGGACUCCAUAAGAGAGAGGGACAAUCUCGAACAAACUCUACGCAGGCGGGAGAGUGAGCAUGAUCAGGUUGUUCGCUCCAUGUAUGAGGAAAUGGAAACUCAAAUCCGAGAGGAGAGAGAGAUAAGGCUGUCUCAGGACAGUAGUAAACGCAAACAGAGGGGCCAACAACUUGAAGAGGAGCUGAAGAUGAAAGAACAUGACCUGGAGAAUACACUCAACAAACAAAAAGAGCUGGAGACCAGAGUCCGGCAGCUUAGCUGUGAACAGGACAACUUUAAGCAGCAGAACCAGCAGCUGCGAAGCCUCAACAUCCAGCUUCAGGAGCAGGUGGAGAACAGCAGAGAGCAGCUGCAGAAAGCUCUGGCUCAGCUCAGUCUGCUGCAGCUGAAUGAUGCACAGGAGCAAGUGGCAAGACAGAGAAGUGUGAUGAAGGUGUCAACGAACAUGCAGAAAGAGAAGGGUAGUCUGAUGAGACAACUGGAGCUGUUAAGGGACAUGAACAAAAGGCUGCGUGAUGAGAAAGACGCCCAGCACACCCAAAAGAGGAGUCCAAAUGUAACAAAACCUUUACUGAAGAGAGGGUCAAUAAUAGGUAACUACUUACAGCAAGACAAGCCAUUGAAAAGACAGCUGAGCUCAUCUGAUGAGUGGGAGCAGGACAAAGACAAAGAGGUGACAAAUUCAUCUAAGAGACACCAGCCAUCAUGUAGAGUCAGGGGUGAAAAUGUUGAACAGGUGCAAACUCAGAGCAAUAAUAUCACUCCUCAGCGUGUAUUCAAGCUGGUAUUCCUGGGAAACUCAGGGGUGGGUAAGACCUCCUUCAUCCAGCACUACAGCACAGGACACUUCCAGAGUGGAAUGAGAGCUACUGUGGGUAUAGAUUUCCAAAUGAGGACUCUAACUCUGGGCUCUACAACCAUCACUCUGCAGCUUUGGGACACUGCAGGGCAGGAGAGGUUUCACAGCAUCACUGAGCAGUACUACAGAAAGGCUGACGGCAUCCUGGCCAUGUAUGACAUCACUCAGUCUGCCUCCUUCACGGCUGUCAGAGAAUGGAUAGACUCGGUGAAGGAGAAGAUGCAUGACAGUGCCGUGCUGAUGCUGCUGGCCAACAAGCUGGACCUGUCAGAAGCUAGAAAAGUGUCCACAGAGGAGGGGCAAAGACUAGCAGAGCAGCAUCAAGCGUUGUUUUACGAGUGUAGUGCUAAAACUGGGUGUAACAUGGAGGAGCUGAUGACUUGUCUGGCUGGGAUGUUGAUUCUCAAGCAUGAUCGGCAAUGUGAGGAUGCACUUUUACUGAUGGAGGACACUGUUCAAAGAAGCUGCUGUACAUAAACAAUGAAGAAAAAGAAACUCUCAGAUGUCAGCCCCAUGGGUCCUUGAUUAUAUGUCCUUGUUGGGACAGCUGGAGGAAUAUUGAACACACUGACUCAAGAUUUCUACGUCAGUUAUAUCUCAAAAGUGGCAUUUUUCUGUGCACAAGUUGAACAGGCAGCUUCUGUAAUUUUCUUUUGUUGUUAUGUUACUUUUAUUUAACAAUAAAAUAUAUUUUGAGGA